AUGAGGGACCAGCGUGUCAGAAAUAUAUCUCACAAACGAGAUCCGACGAGUGCUCAGUCAGAGGCAUCAGAUCAGGUCGACCCACCAGGAGCUUGCGGUGAUCUGCGAAACUGCCGUAACCUGGCGCGGCUUCUUGUCCUCUGGAAGCUGCAAUUGAGAGCCAAUGGCUUAUCAGACCCACAGAAGAACCCCUGGUCUGUCACUUCAGCCUCACAACACUCCCAGACGACUACAUAA